AUGGCGUCGUCUUCGAAUUCGCCAUGUGCGGCGUGCAAGUUCCUGAGACGAAAAUGCCAACCGGAGUGUGUAUUUGCACCCUACUUUCCGGCGGACCAGCCGCAGAAGUUUGCGAAUGUUCACAAGGUGUUCGGAGCAAGCAACGUGACGAAGCUUCUGAAUGAACUGCACCCUCACCAACGUGAGGAUGCGGUGAACACGCUGGCUUAUGAGGCCGACAUGCGCCUCCGUGAUCCGGUCUAUGGGUGUGUCGGAGUCAUCUCCCUGCUCCAACACCAACUCCGGCAGCUUCAGAUGGAUCUAACCUCCGCCAAAUCGGAGCUGUCCAAGUACCAGAACCACCAUCUUUGUCAUAUGAAUGGUGCAGCCACCCAUGGACUCAUUGCUCCGGCAGCUACCACAACCCACCACCACCAUCAUGACUUGGGGAUCAACUUGAUUAAUGUCGACGUUGGUGGUGUUAUUAGUCAAGAUCACCAUUUGUACCACCACCCUGCAGAGUUCUUUCCCCCUAGGGAUCAUCAGCACACGGCGGCGAUAAGGGGUUUAGAUGUAAAAUGUACUUAUGAUGCCACCGGCGGUCUUGGACAACACAUGCAAUAUCAGCAACAUAGGGCUGCCGGAAGUGGUAGCGAUGAUCGGAGAACACCCAUUGAUCCAUCUUAA